AGUUUUGAAACAGCUGGAGGCACACUGCUUGGGAAAAAUUAUCCCCCUGGUGAGCAGCUCUACUGCUUUUUGUCAGUAACUUAGAUCGACAAACAUCUCAUCUCCACAUGAAAAGAGCCAUGUAUACAGAGUGCUGGGUGUGUCUGGAGGGAAAUGCUAUGCCAGGGAGGGGUGUGCUGUGUAAUUCAGUCCUAGGCCCUGUUUACAUGUUGCUAGGCAACAGAACUCCCAGUCUCAGCACUGUGCGUCUCCUGUACAUGUGAUCAGCACUGGAUUCACUUCAUCUGCUGUUUCUGGAGGGAGAGUGUCUGGCCUCCUCCAAGCCUCAACAACAUGUCUGAAGACCCCAAUCUAGAGAAGUUCCUGAAGGAUGUGGAUGAAGUCUCUGAUAUAUUACAAGGUCUAAAUUCUGAAGACACAUAUUCUCAAGAACAGGCCAUUUUGAAAGCCGAUCAAAAACUUGAACAUUUGAAGAAGAAAGAGGAUCAAAUUGAAUUAAGAGACAAGACUAACAGAACACUUAUUAAUAAAUCUGGCACUUCAACCCUUCCAUCUAAAUCUGAGAUAAGUCAAGAAAGCUUCAUUGCCAUUUUGGAAAAAGAUGCCAGUGAACGUGCUGACAAAAGAAGCCAGAAUAAGGAGCUUGCAAACGCACUAAAGGAUUUAGGAAACAAGGCAUUUGACAAAGGUGACUAUGAAACAGCAAUUCAAUGUUACAGUGAAGGGCUGGAGAAACUAAAAGACAUGCAGGUCUUAUAUACCAACCGAGCUCAGGCUUACAUAAAACUAGAAAAAUAUGAAAAAGCUAUUAGUGAUUGUGAAUGGGCAUUAAAGUGUGAUGAUAAGUGUGUGAAGGCUUAUGUGCACAUGGGAAGAGCUCACCUAAGUCUGAAAAACUAUGAGGAGGCAAGACAGUGUUAUAAGAUGAUUACAGACAUAGACAUUACCAAAGAGAAGCUUGUGAAAGGUUACCUGAGACAAGUGGAUUACCAGGAGAAGAAGGACAUUCAAGAGCAGAAAGCCUGGCAGGAUCUAGAGGCUGGGGUAGAAGAUGCAGUAUCUGUUACACAACUGCUUACAAAACUAUCCAAAGCAGGGCAGAGUCCCCUCUAUUACUCUGGAGGGAUACAGCUUCUUGUUCAAGCUGUAAAUGAUAGCACAGCACAAACUUUAUUUAGAACAAAAAAUGGAUUCAGUAUUAUAGCAGACAACUGUGUAAUAAAUAGAUGCUUACUCUCCAACCAAACAGAUACAAUAGUUUUUGAUUUGUGCCUUUCUGUUCUGUCCUUAUGGAAAGUAGUUUGCAAUGAAAAUGAAGAGAACCAACAUGUACUGAUCAGUCAUCCGAAUGCGAACAGCCAGAUCUUUUCAAUGCUGACCUCUGAGAUCCCUGAUGUACAGAACAAGACUUUCAAUCUUUUUGAUGUCUAUUCCACACAAGAAGAAGGAAGGUCAUUACUUUUGAACUACUUCAAGCCAUCUAGGCUGUUUGAAAGCCUCAUCAAAUGUGGAACAUUAAAGGAUGUAAGAGGAUGUACAGCAAUGGAUAUAUUAUUCAGUCUAACACAGGAGGAAAGGCUGCGAUCUUAUUUCAGGACCAAUUUUAAAUCAGAAUUAUUGCCCUCACUUAUUAUUUUCCUGAAAACCCUGUAUUUAGCUCUGGUGAAUAUGAAAGCCUGUCUUCAAGCAAUUGCUGUAAUGGGACAUCUUACUGAAGAUACGUUUAUAAGGAGGAAAAUGGCAGCUUCAUUGGAGUACUGGGAUUCCUGUUUACUGCUUGUGGAUAAAUGCAACUCCCCUGCUCUUGGAGAUGGCCAUAAAGAUGCUCUGACUGCAAUACUUGGACUGUUAUUCAACUUAUCACUUGAAGAAAAUUCAGAAAUCAAGGAGCGAGGAGUUGAUAUCAGUAGAAGAUGUUUGUCUCUGCUUAGCAAUAAAGAUGGAAUUAUUCUAACUAGAUCGGUGGGCAUUCUUAGCAGGGUUCUCCCACAAUGUCCUGCAGCAGUAGAAAUGGCGGUUCAAGAAGGCAUUGUUAAAAAGCUCAUGAAAUUUCUUAAGACAGGUGGAAAAAAGACUUCACAAUAUUCCGUAAAGGUGCUUGCUGUUUGUACCAAAGAGGACACUCAAGCGAGGAAAGAAGUUUAUAAGUAUGAUAAAAAUUUUGUCACCCUGGUAAACCUGCUGCGAUCUGAGGAUGAGAUCACUAUUGGAAACGCUGCGCUGUGCUUAGGAAAUUGCUUUGAUCUACCUGGAGCAGCCUCUACCUGGUUGCAGCCUGAUAUUCUGAAGCUACUUCUGACCCAUGCUGGUGGAGACUCCAAGAGACCCUCUGUACAGCGGAACGCAGCUAUAGCACUAGGGAAACUCUGUUCUGCAGAGCCAAGAUACAUGGCGCAACUUCGGGAGCUUCAUGGAAUUGAGAUUUUAAACUCUUGUAGGAAAUAUGUAUGCAAGGGACCACAGCAGUGUUAACAGCUCAAGAGUACAGAUUUUAUAAAUAGAUUAAGUUAUAUUUUUUCAAAUGUUUUUUCUCCUGUUUAUAAAAAAAAGAAACAUUGUUGUUACAAUUGUUAAAACUAUAGGAGCAUUCUUUUUGAAGGACCACUACCUGUAUAUUUUUUAUGUGCAUUCAUUUCUGUACUGUUAUAUUAUCACAAUGUAAUAACAAUCUGAGGCCACUUACAAAACCAAUAAAAACUAGUUUGG